GACAAGAGCUCUGGAAGCUUACAGGUAAGGCAGUCGUGAGGCAUCAGCCAAAAGGCAGCUACUACUACAGCCUUGCCAUCUAUUUGAUUUCUCAUUCCUUUUUAAAUCUCAUCUCUUCCCUCACAAUAUACUUCUUCCAUCUCUUUAAUUUCCUGUAUACUUUUCCAUUUUGCCCAGCCUUAGUCUUGGAUACCCCUCCGUAAUAUCCAUACGCGCAACUUAUCACCAAUUACUCUGGCAAACCCAGGUCGUCGUCUUACUUUGGUCGCUUUAGACGAUCCUUAUACUCACCAUGUCCACACAAGAUACAGAGGGACAGGGCCAGGAGCAGAACAUGCAAGAAAGAUCGGAUUCUCCUAUACCAUCUACUUCGCCUAUUCCGUCAACCCAACCCCCUCCCCAAGGUUCCCUACUUGAUGCGGCUAUCAGCCAAUUGCUCAAAGAGCACCCAAGUCAAGGGAGCAGAACCUACGAUUCCGAUCAUCGAGAACAUCGAGAUAUCAAUUUGAUCCAUCAAGUUUCAAUUGAAUGUCAAUCCGGUGAUACAUUAAUCAUAGUUAACUUCCCUCAAGGCUAUAAGAAUUGUAAACGGGAAACGUGGACCUCGAAACGAUUCCACGCCAAUUCGGAAAAUCUUCUUGCUACUGGUUCGAAAGUGUUCGCACAGCUAUUGUCCCCCGAGGGACAGGCCCGUAUCCGGAAGAGGAUCGGUGAACCUCUCCCACAGAAAUAUGUUCUUGAUCUUACACCUUCGGUCGAAGGAGAUGAGUUGGCAGCUCAGCUUAUGGAACUAUCUCUCCCUCUCGGCGUGAGAGACUGGUGGAUGUCCAAAGAGAGGCUUGGAAUAUCGAAAUAUUUUGUUUCGGGACACGACGACCACUGCCCUGCUCAUAAUGAAGUCCCUAUCGACUGCAAGAAGACUGAUGAGUAUAUUGAUCAUGACAUGGGAAGAGAGGUACUCCCAAAAAUUGAUCUGGACCAUAUCAUAUUGUCGGAAUCUAGGGCCAUCCUUGAUUAUUGUCCAAUCCGGCAUCGCGCUAACAUCAUUCGCCUCGUCUUAGCCAUCCAGGGCCACGACUUAGUCUUGAACUCUGCACCGCGGGCAUAUACUCUCACCGGCAUUGCGAGAAUACUGGAUUGUACCAAUGCCAUUCGGGACUCGGUGUGCACAUGGUUGAUGGUAGAGCCUAACACCGACUUUGUUGAUAUCAACACCGAGGCUGCCUUCACGAUGGCAUGGAAACUGGAACUAUCCAACGUCACCCGAGCCGCCUUUCGUGUUCUCGUAGUUGAGAGGGCCCUUGAUACUCUAGCUGCUGAGCCUCGUGUGGACGCAGCUCGGUAUACAAUAUUCGGUCGUCCUCGUGUAGACCUUUCCGACGAUUUGCAAACGGUCGUUCAAUAUGCAACACUUAAGCUUGUCGACCGUGUCCAGCAGAUCCUCGCAAAGUUGAAAUCUGAUCAGUUUUACGAUCUGCUCGGAAUAUCGGAAUAUCAGAAGUUCGUGCAGACGGGCAAUCUCAUUCGCAGCGCUCUUUCUGCCAAUACGAGCCACGAUACCGAACAAUCACCGCCAGAAGAACUAUGCGAAUUAUCCACACGGUACACGGCCCUUCUUAAUAGAUUACUAGAAUAUAAUGGUCGGAUCGUGUGCGAGGCAAUGGAUUCCUCGCCUGGUAAUGACCUGCAAAGAGACUACGAUCGCGACCGUCGAUGCUAUGUCCCAGCUACGAGAUGGAACCCCACUGCCCUCAUCUACAAAAACUUCACUGAUGCUCAGCAUCUGCUAACUCCAACCUUCUGGGAGGAGCUGACAUCAAUACCCUACGCGUAUACCAGAGAAACCUAUCCGGACCACUUUUUAGGCGAUACCAUAGAUGCGUUCAACGCCAAGCUGAACAAUAAUAUUCGCUAUCUUGCUCCUACCAGCGGAGAUUUGUUUGGAAUUAGGGUGUAUGACAACUUCUAUUUUGAUCUACCUAAGUUCCGCGACCAACUUCAUACUGCUAUAGAGCGUUUAAUGUUCAUCUGGACGAAACCGGACUCGGAAGCCCCUCUGACCCGAUCGAGGCAUUUGCUUCUAGCAUUAUCGGACGAGGAGUUCCAGUACCUCCCACUUUGGGCUGGUGGAUUUGAUGAUGGCACGGGUGGUGUUUUCGAACCUACUGUACCGGACGCCGACCUUGGCCCCAUCGGACCCGGCCCAGCAUAUCGCACCGGUGAGACGGUGACGACGGAUGUCUCGAGUAUCUGCCAAUCGGACAAGACGCCCAGUCAAGCUAGCACCGUUACCCUAACAGCCGGACGGUCGCUGGCCGCUGUGCCUUCUAACGCAGUGCCUACUACUAUAAACGAUGGCGUAUCUAUGGGAGGAACAAACACUAUGUCUACAUCCUCUAUCGUCAUGGUGGAUGACGUAAACGAGCUGGACGAUGAUACCGACGAUGCGUUCGAAUUCGACGAUAGCGACGAAAUCAGCGAUGAGGCUUGGUCUCAGGUCGAAGAACCUUAAGCUCAAUCAUCCAAGGCAAAUCCGGGGUACUUAUGUUGUUGAUUAGGUAGCAUGGCGGCUUCAUGAAUUCUUUUCGUUCUUGGCGCUUUUAUGUUGUGGGAGAUAUGAGCCAUGAUGGGAUGAUCUAGCAAGCGAGUUUUCUUGGUAUUAAGGGGUGAGGAUAUAUCCCAUUGGAUUUUACGACUCCUUAAUUAGUAACCACCUUCGGUUGUGUUUGUAAUAGCCUUCUAGAGUAGGUGUGAGAUGGUUAGAGGAUAUAUUCGCCCUGAGCGAUAUUUACCUAGGCGACUUGGUUACGUAUUAUUCCCUACCUACCUAGUGUACCUAGUCAGGUACCUGAGCGGGCAAUAAUAGGUACUGUUUCAA